CGGUCCCCUGAAGAUGCCGUAGAACACAGGCGUGCAUGGCCGGUGUGAUGGUGAGGAAUGUUCGCAGACUGCUGACACUCUUGGAUGUUCACUACUAUCGAGGAGCUUCUCGCCUUUUCUCUAUCAGCAUUCCCUCUCCAGAAGUUUUCCAUGCACAGAAGACCAUGUCGGACCCCCAGCCUCCUGCAGCUGAUCCUGGCCUUUACAGUCCCCCUCCUGCAGUGCGAGGUAUGACUGUGCUGGACCGAGAAGCUUUCACCCAAACCAUUAACGUCCCCGCCAUCUGCAUCCCCACCAGCGUCCUCAACAAGGCGGUCAAAAGCCUGAAGAAAGUGGCCCUACAGAGGCCCGGCCUCAAACGAGUCGUAGAUGAUGACCAAAAACAAACAGACAGUGAUGGCAAAGAGCACCGGCUACUCCUGCUGGACCCUCAGAGUGUCUCAUCGGCUGAGAAUUUCGGCGAAGAGGAGGCAUCAGCACUCAAAGCGUUUGGCGUGAAGCCUGAAAUACAGCGUUAUGAACUCAAGCUGACCUACGACAACCUGAAAAGUGAGGAGGUGCUGCGGGCCGUACUGCCUGAAGGCCAGGAUGUGACCUCAGGCUUCAGCAGAGUGGGCCACAUCGCUCACAUGAACCUCCGAGACCACCAACUGCCCUAUAAAAACCUCAUAGGUCAGGUGAUCAUAGAUAAAAACCCUGGUGUUACCUGUGUGGUCAACAAGACCAACACCAUCGACUCCACUUACAGAAACUUCCAGAUGGAGGUGCUGGCAGGAGAGAGCAACAUGGUGGCCAAGGUGAGAGAGAACGGCGUGUUUUAUGAGUUCGAUUUUUCUCGUGUGUACUGGAACCCGCGGCUCAGUACAGAGCAUGAGCGGAUCGUUUCUCUGCUCCGCCGGGGGGACGUGGUUCUGGACGUUUUCGCCGGAGUCGGCCCGUUUUCUAUCCCAGCGGCCCGUCGGGGGUGCACCGUUUUCGCCAACGACCUCAAUCCCGAAUCGUACCGUUGGCUUCAGCACAACACCAAACUCAACAAGGUCGAGGCAAAGGUCACCACCUUCAACCUGGACGGCCGGGAGUUCAUCAGGGGUCCGGUCAGGGAGCAUCUUCCCAAACUGAUGAAGGGUUCUGCCGGGAUCCACAUCAUAAUGAACCUUCCGGCUCUGGCGCUGGAGUUCCUGGACGCCUUCAGAGGCCUCCUGGGCCCGAAACCGGAUCAGGGGGCUUCCUGCACAGUGACCCUCCCACAGGUGCACUGUUACGGCUUCUCGAAGGAGGAUGACCCUCAGAGGGACGUGCUGGAGAGAGCGGAGGCUGCUUUAGGGGCUUCGCUGCAGGGGCGCUGCUCAGUGCACAUGGUGAGAAACGUGGCGCCCAAUAAAGAGAUGAUGUGCGUGAGCUUCACCGUGCCCUCAGAGGUGCUGUACAGCAGCAGCGGAAAAGAGGAAGGUUGCUCAGAACCGUCGCCAAAGAGACAGAAAUGUGAAGACACUGAAGGAUAGAAGCUCACCUGCAUGGAGAAUUUUGUUUUUAUAGUUUGUUUUAUAAUAAACCGAGAUAUUCCACACGG